AACAACAAUACGGAUAAAUUCGGCCUGCGUUUCAUGUGUCCUGUUUAUAGUAGGAUGAUAAAGCUGCGCCCAGGCUUGUUGACAAAGCCGUCGUCAUGGAUAUGUCUUCAAUGUAGAGCCAAUUCGUCCAUCGCAUCCCGCGCUCCAUCUCCGUCCUCUGUCCGAACGACCAACAACACAAGACUUGUCCCAGACAAACCUGCCCGAACACGAUUUGCGCCUUCCCCUACAGGAUAUUUGCAUCUUGGCUCUCUUCGAACGGCGCUAUUCAAUUACCUCCUCGCAAAACGUACCGGCGGACAAUUCCUGCUCCGUCUCGAGGAUACAGAUCAGAAGCGAACUAUACCAGGGGCGGAGGAAAGACUAUAUAGUGAUCUACAAUGGGCUGGCUUGCAAUGGGAUGAGGGACCUAUCGUUAGCGGUCCAUAUGGCCCUUAUCGUCAAUCGGAGCGAACAGCUCUCUAUAACAAACACGCAAACGAUCUCGUGCACUCCGGACAUGCUUAUCGCUGCUUCUGUAGUGCCGAACGACUAGAUACGCUCGCUAGACAACGCAACCAAGCCGGCCUUCCACUCGGCUACGAUCGCCACUGUGUCGACAUCUCUACGGAGGAAGCAGAAGAAAGGGCAGCAAACGGAGAAGCACAUGUUGUCCGGCUGAAAGCCGACGAGUACCCGAAGUUUAAGGAUUUCGUGUUUGGGACCACAGGACAGAACCAGGAUGGUCAGAAGAAAUAUCUGAAGACGAUGAAUCGUGUUUACGAUGAUCCCAUUCUCUUGAAGUCCGAUGGGAAUCCAACAUAUCAUCUGGCCAAUGUCGUGGACGACCACCACAUGAAGAUCACUCAUGUUAUCAGAGGAACGGAAUGGCUGGCAUCGACUCCCAUGCAUGUUGCACUUUACAACGCUUUCAACUGGAAGCCACCCCAAUUCGGCCAUGUUCCCCUCCUUGUUGACCAGAAUGGCCAAAAGUUGAGUAAACGCAACUCGAACAUCGACAUUUCCUUCUAUAGAGACAGUGGUAUCCUUCCUUCUACGCUUCUCAACUAUGCCGCCUUAUUAGGCUGGUCGCAUAAUCAAAAGUCGGAAGUCUUUUCCCUCAGGGAUAUGGAAGAAAUUUUCACCCUGAAAAUCACCAAGGGUAACACUAUCGUCAGCCCCGAGAAGAUGUGGUUCCUUCAAAAAGCUCACACCAAACGGUGUGUAGCCGACAAUGGACCCGAAUUCCAGAAGUUGGUAGACGAUGUCACCAAGGCAGCGAAAGAAAGAGGGAAUAUCACAGAUAACUUGUCGGUCAACGACACCGUAAAAUCUCUACUCCGAUAUGAUGGUGGCCAUUUCACAACUCCAGCUGAAUUCCUGGACCGGAACUGGUCCUUCUUUACAUCCUCAUUAAACCGAGCUCCAUACACACUGACUCAACCCGAUCUAGGGCUCGAGGACCCGGUGUCGCCCCUUGCUGCUCUACAGACAGUAGCAACAAUCCUCACACUCGUUCCCGAAAGCCAUUGGAACGUCGAAACACACCGUGCAAACCUGGACUGUAUUCCAUAUACAAGCAAAGCCUUCAAAAAAGAGCUAUAUCACUAUCUUCGCUGGGCUCUUCUCGGCGGCGCUUCUGGACCAGGAAUGCCGCAGAUAAUGGAGGUUUUGGGUAGAGACGAAACGGUACGACGGCUGACGGAAGCUACACAGCUGAAUGGAAACGAAGGUCGAAACAGAAGGGGAAGAAUAAAGCUUGAUUGAUAUGCUAUCAGCCUAGGAGUUUUCUAAGCUGCAUAGCAUGUGGUGUUUUGUAAGAUAUAUCACCCCCAUACUAUAAAGAAAUAGGUUCCAUGAAAUUUAUCUCAGUUUCUCAGA